AUGACCUUCCCCGACGCCCCCUCCUUCACCACCUGGCUCUCCCUCCACGGGCCCUCCACCCCCUCCGGCAUCCUCCUCCGCAUCGCCAAGAAAUCCGCCCCCUUCCCCUCCAUCACCUACGCCUCGGCCGUCGACGCCGCCCUCUGCCACGGCUGGAUCGACGGCCAGCGGCGCGCCCACGACGCCCACUCCUUCCUCCAGCGCUUCACCCCGCGCCGGCCCCGCUCCCUCUGGUCCCGCCGCAACGUCGACCGCGUCGCCGCCCUCGUCGCGGAAGGCCGCAUGCAGCCCGCGGGGCAGGCCGAGGUGGACGCCGCCCGCGCGGACGGCCGGUGGGAGCGCGCGUACGCGGGGCCCGGCGCCAUGGAGACGCCGAGGGACUUUGAGGACGCGCUGCGGGCGCAUGGGCGGGGGGAGGCGUGGAGGGCGUGGGAGUCGCUGGGGAGGUCGAAGCGGUAUCCGUUUCUGUGGCGCAUCGAGACGGUCAAGCGGGAGGAGACGCGCAGGCGCAAGAUUGAAGAGUACGUGCAGCUGCUGGCGGAGGGCAAGACGCUACGAUGA